AUGGCCAGUCCCACUCAGUCCUUGUUGAAUCUUGACCCCGAGCAUAUAUCAUGCAUCGGAGGGCGGACGGUAGUUACAUGCAAAGGUUGCGCAGGGAAUGCCCCGAGAGGAGCAAUCUGCCUCAGCUGCAACGGUCGCGGCUUCAACAUCUUCGUCUGUGCACACUGCAACCCUGCAGUUGCAGCUGCCGCAGCUAGAGCAACGGCGAACUCCACAGCUGCAUCUGCAGAAACAUCCGGAUCCUCAGCACCGUCAUCCCCAGGCUCGCUAAGUCGCAGUUCGUCAACUUCGCAUCCUUCACAUAUCGAUCCAAACGUCGCUCGUACGUAUGCAAGAUAUGGGGAUGGUCGUGAUAACACGAGCUGUGGGCGGAUUGAUAGCAAUAUGAAUAAGCCGCGGAAUCCGUGA